AACUUUUAUGCUGGUGUUGCAUGAAGGUCAAUAGAUAAGUACUCCUGGUAUUUCACAUGUGUUAGUUCAGUUCCUGAUAUUGGUAGAGAGAAGCACUCUAAUAAUGACUGUGGAAGGUUUGCUGGAACGUCUGAAGAGUAAGAAGGACAUUGUAGUAGCAGAAGGAUAUAUUUUUGAAUUUGAGCGCCGAGGCUACUUGAGGGCAGGAUGUUUUGUUCCAGAGGUUGUGCUUAAUCACCCGCAGUUGGUCCGGGCUCUCUAUGAAGAAUUCGUCCAUGCAGGAAGUGAAGUUGUACUUGCUUUUACUUACUACGGGCAUCGAGAAAAGUUGAAACUGAUUGACCGGGAGAAUGACCUGAAAGAACUGAACAUUAAAGCUCUAAAACUUGCCAAAGAAGUUGCUUUAAAGACAGGGACAUUAAUGGCAGGGAAUAUUUGCAACACGACUGUAUUCGAGCGCGGAAACCAAGAAGCAAAUGAUACUGCUAGAAAAAUGUUUAAGGAACAAAUAGAGUGGGCCGUUGAAUGUGGCGCGGACUUCAUUGUAGCAGAGACGUUCAGUGAAUAUGCCGAAGCUGAACUGGCCCUACAGUGUAUUAAGCAAUAUGGAAAAGGACUACCAUCAGUGGUGUCCAUUGUUCCCCAUGGUAAAAAUACCACGACAGAUGGAUUGACAUUUCCUGAAGCUUGUAGAAAGCUAGAGGAGGCUGGGGCGGAUGUGGUAGGACUCAACUGCUGCAGGGGCCCAAAAACCAUGAUGCCUCUCAUAAAAGACAUAAGAAAAGUUUGCAAGGCGACAUAG